AUGUCUCCUGACAAGUCGAAAGAUACACAGACCGCUUCGAAAGCUUGGUGGAAAGAAGCUGCCGUGUAUCAAAUUUAUCCGGCCUCCUUUUGUGAUCACGCCGAUUCUGGUCAUGGUACCCUACGAGGUAUGCUUUCCCGUAUACCAUAUUUUAAACAACUCGGUAUCGACAUCAUUUGGCUGUCGCCCAUCUACCGAUCUCCCCAGGCUGAUAUGGGAUAUGAUAUCUCGGAUUACCGGGCUGUCGAUCCUCGUUAUGGGACGAUGCAAGAUUGGGAAAAUGUCAGAGAUGCUAUUCACGAACAAGGUAUGAAACUCGUCAUGGACCUCGUAGUGAACCAUACUUCCGAUCAACAUGAAUGGUUCAAGGAAUCACGAUCUUCCAGGACAAACCCAAAAAGAGACUGGUACAUAUGGCGACCCCCCAGAUACUCAGCUACAGGGGAGAGACUGCCGCCCAAUAACUGGUCUCCCACUUUCGGUUCGAAGUCAGCUUGGGAAUGGGACGAGGCUACCCAAGAGUACUACCUUCAUCUGUUCCUCAAAGAACAGCCGGAUCUCAAUUGGGAAAACCCUGAGGUGCGCAAGGAGAUCUGGGCUAUGAUGCAUUGGUGGUUGGAACAGGGCGUGGACGGGUUCAGGAUGGAUGUCAUCAACUUCAUCGCAAAGUCACCUGGCUUGCCCGACGCUCCGGAGGUCUUUCCGGACAAGGAGUACCAACCAUUUGGCAGGCUUUCCAUCAAUCGCCCUGAAGUGCAUCAUCAUCUGAAGGAGAUGCACAGGGAAGUACUUCAGCGUUAUGACUGUUUCUGCGGUGUGGGAGAGACGCCGGGAGACGGGCCCGUAUCUGAAUACGCGCCUUAUUCCAAUCCGAGCAAUAAAGAACUCCAAAUGGUCUUUCAUUUCCAUCAUCAAAGCUUCGAUAGGAAAGGGGGUGGUCUAGGCAGGACCUGGAAUCCGGACUGGAAGCUGGUUGACUUCAAGAGUGUGCUCAACAAUUGGCAAGUGAAAAUGGAAGAAGCAGGCGGUUGGAACUCCAAUUAUAUCGAGAACCACGACCAACCGCGUAUCGUCAGUCGACUGACCUCUGAUCAUCCUCUUGACCGGGCGAAAUGUGCCAAGUUGAUCUCAAUGCUACAUACAACACUCACCGGUACACUGUUCAUCUUUCAAGGUGAGGAGAUUGGGAUGGUCAAUUUCCCUCGAGAUUGGGGAGAAGAAGAGUACAAAGAUGUGGAAACGAGGACUGCUGGGGAGCAGGAUCCCAAUAUGAUUGAUUUGCUGGAGGGCAUGAGGAUGACCGCUCGAGAUAACGGGCGCACCCCAAUGCAAUGGGAUGCCACGGAAAAUGCCGGUUUCUCUAAGGGUACACCGUGGAUGAGAGUGCAUGACGAUUAUCAAGAGUGGAAUGUGGCGAAGCAAAUGGCAGAUGGCUCCUCCGUGUGGGCGUUUUGGAAGAAAAUGCUGUCUUUGCGUAAGGAAUACCAGGCUCUCAUUUAUGGUACAUUCCACCCACUUGAUGAGUCCAACGAAAAUAUCUACGUGUACACUCGUCAUGACCCCUGCCUCUCUCAAACUCUUCUGAUUGUACUCAACCUCGCGAGAGGGCCACAAGGUAGGGGAGAACCUACCUCUUGGGAUCCUAAGAAGUGGAAUGUGGAUUUGAGAGGGGCCAGACUCUUGAUGACCAACGGAGAUGUAGCUCUAGGAGCUCAGGAUCAGAGGAAUGAAGACGUGAUGGAAUUGGAACCUUGGGAAGGUCGCAUUUACCUACUGUCAAGUCAUUGA